AUGCGGUUACGGAGAAAGAGCGGCAACAUGAGCAGCCAUGAUUAUCUGUACCGGCUGGGCGCGGAAGCGGACAACCUUCGGAUCACGGUGGGCGCGAAGCACGGCAACAUCGACAGCGUGUUCGUGGGGGACUUCCUGGGGAAGGACGCGGACAUAGUGUUCAAGUACCGCCAGAGUGUGACUCGGUCGUUUGAGCACAUUCAGGGAGACUACUACAUCGCCCCCACCUUCCUGCUGGACUACCUCGCUUCUCAGCUCAGCUGCAGGAUCCCUCUCAUCCUCGGCAUUUGGGGCGGCAAGGGGCAGGGGAAGACGUUUCAAGUGGAGCUGAUAUUCAAGGCGCUGGGUUUAGAGCCAAUCAUUCUUUCAGCGGGGGAGAUGGAGAGCGAGUGGGCUGGCGAACCGGGGAGGCUCAUUCGCAGCCGCUACCGCGACGCUCACCUCGUCAUCAACAAUAAGGGUAAAAUGAGCUGCCUGAUGAUUAACGACCUCGAUGCUGGGAUUGGCCGAUUCGCGCACACGCAGACGACGGUGAACAAUCAGAUGGUGGUGGGAACGCUCAUGAGUCUGUGUGACGACCCAACGCGGGCCAGCGUGGGGCAGGAGUGGCGAGAGGGCGACCUGCUGAACCGCGUGCCUAUCAUCGUGACUGGGAACGAUUUUUCCACGCUCUGGGCUCCUCUUAUUCGGGACGGGCGCAUGGAGAAAUUCUACUGGCAGCCAACGAGGGAGGAUAUAGUGAAUAUAGUGUACCGAAUGUACAUUAAAGACGGCUUAUCUCUUCAAGAUAUUGAGAGGCUCGUCGACACCUUUCCAAACCAACCGUUGGACUUUUAUGGUGCCCUUCGAGCUCGCACAUAUGAUGAGAAAGUUCUUGAGUGGGUGGAAGCCAACGGUGGACCGUCCAAGGUGGGCAAGCUGCUGAUCAAGCCGAGGAGAUGGGAUGAUGGCAGCGAUGGCAAGGACACCAGACCCUCCGUCGACCCUCCUGCAGUAUGCUGCCCCUACCACCAUGCUUCUCAUGCAUGUUAA